ACCAGAAGUACUCCCACCCCUCCUAAUGUAGCAGAUGUAUAAUGUACUAAACCCCUAUCUGCAAGCGGGGCCAAUCACAACACCCCUUAUUGUCAUCAGAGUUGAACUAACCAAUAAGAAUGCUUGAACAUCAAAUACACAUUUCUUUAGAGGCAAGUGGAAACAUAACCAACCCUGUUACACUAACUUCGUGGCUAGAGUCAAAUACUUUCUGUGCCACAUACUUUGUAUAGUACAAACUUGGUCAGAUAACCGAAAUUAAUAAUUAAUGUAUGUGUGUUAUAUUAAACAGAGGAAGGAGUAAAAUGUAGGCAAGCAAUAAACAUUUCAGAACAACUACUAGUUGAAUAAGACAUGGGAGAGAUGUCGAACUUUGACCAAUAUAUUUAUUUAUUUACACCUUAAAACAAAUAGCUAAACUGAAAACUGCAGACAUUACUAGUGCCUACCCUGCGAUCAAACCGCCAUGAAAAAUAAAAUGAAACGAAGCCGAAGGUGAUCAUUGACAGCUGCCUUGAAGGAAAGGGGGAGGGAGAUUUUCUAUCGGCUCGGGCGCAAAGUAGGCUAAUGACGAAAUAACAAGAUGUCAACGAAUCUGCCAAAGGGAUAUUCAAUGUCUGCUUUAAAAAAAAAAUCCAUCUAAGAAUAAGUGCCCUUCUUUGCGAGGCAUUGUGAUCAUUGACAGCUGCCUUAAAGGAACACAGAGCAGAAAUCGUUGUUGCAGCAAUGAAGAAUUGAGUGUGUGCGCGUUCACGCGAAGGAGGAGGGAGAUUUUCUGUCGGCUCGGGCGCAAAGUAGACUAAUGACGAAAAAACAAGAUGUCGGCUUCAACGAAUCUGCAUAUGUGACCUUCUAUUAUGUUGAAAAUAACGGCUGGCCACAUUGGAGGUUGUGUCUAGGUCAUAUUAUAGCUCAUAGUAAGAGUCGCGUAACGGAAAAAAAUACCUACUAAAGUGCAGCGGCAGUAGUAGUUGUUGUCAUUCUUUUGGAAAUAAGAUUAAAAGAGUUGGAGUCAUGUUGGCCCAAUUGGUGUACAAGGAAUUUCUCUCAAAAACAAAACCAUGGUUUCUAUGGUUAUGCACACCAAUGCGGUCGAAUUCGCAACAGGUUCGCGUCCGUCUUCUCCCCAAUCCUCGCUGUUUCUUCGACGAACCGAUGCACGUGAAGGUAGAUGGACUUUCUCCGCACCAGAAAGUGGAAUUGAGGUCCAAAUUCAGGGAUGAUAAAGGGAUCAUCUUCAAAGCUUCCGCUCUGUACUCCGCAGAUUCUACAGGACAGGUAGACCUGUGCCUCUCUCCCUCUCUGGGUGGAAGUUAUACAGGAGUUGAACCCAUGGGCUUGUUUUGGGCAAUGACGCCCGAGACUCCACACCGCAAACUAUCGAAAAAUAAUGUGUUGAGUUCAAUGAUGGUUGAUAUAGACGCGCUGCACGAGGACACAGGUGAGAUCUUGGCAACAGAGACUGUCGAGAGGCAGUUCAUGACGGAAGGGCUGAGGAGGAUACCGUUGGACAUGAAAAAUGGGAGAAUUCGGGGGACCCUCUUUCUACCACCAGGGCCAGGUCCAUUUCCUGGUGUCCUGGAUGUGUAUAUUCUGGGUGGAGGUAUAUCUGAGGUCCGGGCCAGUCUGCUGGCUAACAAAGGCUUUGUUGUUCUGGCGCUGGCCUACUCUGGCUUCCAGGACUUGCCCAAAACCAUGCCCAAAUACUUUGACCUGGAGUACUUUGAAGAGGCCAUCGCAUUCCUGAGGAGACAGCCACAGGUCCAGGGUCCAGGAAUAGGAAUCCUGUCCAUCUCGAAGAGUGGCGAACUGGCUCUGUCCAUGGCCUCUUUUCUCUCUGGCAUCUCAGCCACAGUCUGGAUCAACGGCUGCAACGCUAAUGUCAUAACGCCACUGCACUACAAAGACCUCGUCAUCCCUCCCCUCAUGCCUAACCUAGAGAACAUCACCCUCACACCGGACGGCCUUCUCGACGUCCGAGAUGCCUUACCGGAUCAGAUAACAGAAAGGAACCGCGGUUCCGUGAUCCCGAUAGAACGAGCCGGUUCUAGGUUCCUUUUUGUUGUCUCUGAGGACGACAGGAACUGGAACAGCUGUCUCUUUGGCCAGCAGGCCGCCGCCCAGCUGAGGCAUCAUGGGAAAGAUAACUUUGAGGUGGUGACUUACCCCAGGGCCGGUCAUUUCCUGGAGGUGCCCUACAUGCCCCACUGCCCGUCUGGCUUCCACUCUGCGGUGGGUAAAGUGGUGGUGUUUGGGGGAGAGGCUAAAGCCCACCAUGAGGCUCAGUUGGACCUGUGGAGGAGGGUCCAGGAGUUCUUCAGGACACACCUGAAGGACAACAGCAACACUGUCCAGAAAGCCAGGCUGUAAUACUAAGAGAAUGGCUGGUUGACUACUUUGCAGACUCCUGCCAGAUCUCAAUGUUUGGAUAGGUGUUUAACAUAUCAGCUUACCACAUCAUAUGCUAUAGUAAUCUGAUGUCUUACAGUGCAGUCAAUGACGUGGCACAUAACCAUUGCUUAAUGCAAUGCAAUGCCUGCAAUGUAGUCAGCCUGGAACGCAACUAAAUUAUCCAAUCAUGAAUAGCCUGUGAGUGUGCUGCUGUACUUUAUUUAACUGGAUUUUGUUAACAAUAACAUUGGUAUAUUAUAUACAGUACCAAUCAAAUUUUUGUUCACAGCUACUCAUUCCAGGGUUUUUCUUUAUUUGUACUAUUUUCUACAUUGUAGAAUAAUAGUGAAGACGACAUCAAAACUAUGAAAUAACACAUAUGGAAUCAUGUACUAACCAAAUCAAAAUAUAUUUGAGAUUCUUCAAAGUAGCCUUGAUGACAGCUUUGCAUGUUCUUGGCAUUCUCUCAACCAGCUUCCUGAGGUAAUCACCUGGAAUGCAUUUCAAUUACCAGGUGUGCCUUGUUAAAAGUUCAUUUGUGGAAUUUUUUUCCUUCAUACGUUUGAGCCAAUCAGUUGUGUUGUGACAAGGUAGGGGUGGUAUACAGAAGAUAACCCUAUUUGGUAAAAUGGUGGUUUCUGCUGACAAUUGUGAUGAACAAACUAUGGCAUAAGGCACAGGUGUCAAACUCAUUCCACGGAGGGCCGAGUGUCUGCGGGUUUUCGCUCCUCCCUUGUACUUGAUUGAUGAAUUAACAUCACUAAUUAGUUAGGAACUCCCCACACCUGGUUCUCUAGGGCUUUAUUGAAAGGAAAAACCAAAAACCUGCAGACACUAGGCCCUCCGUGGAAUGAGUUUGACACCCCUGGCAUAAGGGGAUGACAAGCGGAUAAGAGGCAAUCGGUCAUUUCGAUUAAGACAUUCAUGAGUGAGCUAGGACAGACGUAGUCAAUAUAACUAUUUGGUUAGCACUUUUGAAAUGUACAGUGACAGAAUUCAGAAUGGGCCUUUCUUAGUGUACACCAAGUCAGAACUAUAGGAUAAAGAAAGGGAUCAUAUAAGCAGACAAUUAAAGCUCUUAAAAUAUUUGGUUAUUACAUUUCUCAAGAAUUGGUUAAAGCCUACAUGUGCACCACCAAGUCAGAACAUUAGGCAAAAUUAAGAGGUGAAAAUAUACCAAAUUAUUAAGGUGAGGCACAUGGGCUACUAUCAUCUUACUACACAACAUACACUUAGUAUUACUUUCUUAGCUGCAUUAUACAUAUAUCCCUGGCAUAUUACAUAAUUUAUGCAGCAGCAUACAAUACAUUUUUGGACUCACCUUGUUGUGCUCUGUUCACUUGCACAGGAAGGUGGCGCUGUGGUAAAUUGGGUGCAAACUUUGUCCUCAAAGUCUGGCAUUCUCUUGAUUUAUGGGGCGUUCAAGACAACUGGGAACUCAAAAAAAAAAUACAGGUUGAAUCAUGAUGAAGUCAGUGAUCUUCAGGUCGUAGCUCUAGAAAGUUCCUGAUUUAUAAUUCCGAGUUGGAUGAAAGUUCAAAACGUAUUUUCCCAGUUGUAGCUCGUUUUUCCAGAGUUCCUAGUUGUCUUGAACUCACUAAAGUCUGAGGCACAAAUCAUGCUUCAUUGACAGCAUGGCCAAUGUUGAAUGUUUAUAAUUAGGAAAAGAGACCCUUAGUCUUAGACUUGGGACCAUACAGCCACUCCACUGAAUAGUAGGCUAACGAUUGCUUUCCAAUGCUUUCAGUUAGCCACUGAUUCCUUCCAAGGAAUAAAAAGGAUUUGAUUUGGAUUGUUGACUUGAUUCAUGAUGAUGACUGCUAGCUAAGUGUUAAGAGAAUUUUGUUCUCAAUGUUCAUAAACUGAACUUCAAUUAAACUACUCUGUCUGUUACUAAGAA